AUGCACCUCCACGGCCGGCUCGGCUGCGAGCACGCGUACCCCGACGAGCUCAAGGGCCUCACGCCGGUCGAGGAGAAGCUGAUCUCGCUCAACUCGUGCUACGGCUUCGUGACGAGGUAUAGCAUCCCCGGCGGGCAGAGGCAGAGCGUGAGUCCGGUUAUGGACGAGAUCCAUGUCUCGUGGCAGGGGGCCGAGAAGCCGGGGCCACGCGACCUGUCGGGCCUCCUGUCGGUAAGGCGGCGGGCGGUCGAGAGGGCGCUCGUCUGGCUUAAGGAGAACAACCCGCUCUACGGCGAGGUCGAGAUCGACGUGGCGGAGAUGGAGAGCUGGGGGGCGCCGCCGCACGGGGUGCCGUCGGUGGUAUGCGAGCGCCUGGAGCGAAACGAGCCGUCAGCGCGGGAGAGGACGCGGACCGCGCAGGUGGUGCCGCCGACGGAGCGGGCCAUGGACGACGAGGGCGCGGUCGAGAUCGAGGAGAUCCUCGUCAUGUUAAGCCAGGGGCGGGAUCCCGCGGAGAGGAGUCGCGACGUCAGGCCCACGUGCGACGACGAAGAGGACGGCGCUAGGCCCGAAGAGGGCGGGGAAGUAAUCAACGAGGUGACGUCGUCCGGCAUGUUCCCGCUCGACGGGCCGCCAGGGGUGGCGGACGCCGAGAAGAUUCGCUUCGCCCGCGACGCCGUCGGGCCCGACGGAGCGCGCGCCCGCGCAGGCCCGAGGACGUGGGUGGGGACGGCGGCCGGAGGGGCGGCGCGCGGCGGCGAUGGCGACAAGUACGAGCCCUAUAUCCAGGUACGGCGCGGCAACGAGUUCGCCGACUCGGCGGACGCCUCCUUCUUCGCCAAGACCUUCCCGACGCUAUUUCCCUUUGGCGUGGGGCCGAGGCUCGCCGACGAGGCCGCUACCCGUGGAAGCGAGACUACCGGGUGGCGGGGCCGGGCUGCCGAGGCGGAGCGGGUCGCGGAGGGCCUCACGUCGACCCGGAACAUGAACCUCCAAGCAUGGGCCGACGUCGUGCUACGGCGCCACGGCGGCCGGUUCGCGACGCAUCCCAUCUUCGCCUUCCUAGUGUUUAAUAUGGGAUACGGGGUGCCGGCCAUUUGGUUCACGCUAAACCCGAACGAUAUUACGAACCCGGUAAAGCUACGGCUGGCGGCGUACCGCGCCCGCGACCCCGAAGCGGCCGAGGCCUUCCUAAGAGAGCUAGGGACUGCGUAUAAGCGGGUGCGGCUGGCGAUAGCGGACCCGAUGAGCGCGGCCGUCUUCUUUCACCGGGAGAUAAAGCUCUUCUUCGAGCAUUACGUCGACGUCGGGGACGAGUCGGUGUUCGGGCACGUCGGGGCGUACUACGGGGCGGUAGAGACGAACGAACGAGGUGCUCUCCACCUCCACGGGCUUCUCUGGCUAAAGGGCAAUGCGCGCCUCGGCGAGGCGCUGGCCGGCGCCGGCGGCGAGGAGCAGGCAGCGUACCGGGAGCGAAUAAUCCGCUACGUAGACAGCGUCUUCUCCGAGGAGCUAGACGCAGAAGGGCACCACGCUGUGCAGGCGGAGCGGUCGAUCACGGCGCACAUGUCGUCGUGGCUUGACGACGUCGAGCGCUUAACGGACGCGUUCGACGAGGAGGCCAACUUCUGCGCCGGCGCGACGCAGGUCCACACGCAUAGCGCGACCUGCGUCAAGUACUCGCUCGCGGGGGCCGGUCGUAAGGGCGACCUCUGCCGUUUUAAGGCGCCCUGGAGGCUAGUAGAGAGGACGGCGCUCACGGCGGACGGCGUGCUGGAGAUCCGGCGGACACAUAGCAUGGUGAACCGGUGGAACAAGGCGAUGGCGGUAGGGCUGCGGCACAACCACGACAUCUCGUUCAUCGCGACGCAGCGCAAGACCAUGGCCCUGAUCUACUACAUCACCAACUAUGCGACUAAGGUCGAGGUGAUCGCCGACCUCCUGGGGUAUCCCGCGGAGUUUUGCAGCGGCGCGGCGUGGGCGUACGUGAACACGAACCAGCUCUACUGGGCCGUCUUCCGCCAGUGGCGGCACCUCCGACUGGCGAGCGGGGUAGAGGCGACGGCGAGCGACGCGCCGGACGAGACGGUCGUCGUCGAGGAGGCGGGGCCGAGGAUCUCCUUCAUCGAGGCCUACCGGCAUAGAGGCGGGCUCCUAGGGCCUCUGUCUCUACGACUACGCGUCGCUCACGGCCGGGUAAGGGGCGAGCGUACGCCUGACGGGUACCUCAGUAAGGAGUUCGGCGAGGAAGACGAGGAGUCAUGUCAUCGGAGGGCGGCGGUGCAGCAUCUAGCGCUGUUCGUGCCGUGGGAGGCAUUCGUCUGCGAGGAGACGGGCGACAUCAACGACAUCUGGGCGCGGGGCGGGCGGCGCUGGCGCCGAGGAUCGCGCGGCUCGCGGACAACGUACAGCUGCUCCGGCGGUCGGCGGAGGACGCCAAGCGCGACGCCAGGCAAUGGGCCGCUACGACCGAGGAGGGCGAGCCGGCGGCGGCGGCACGCGCCAACGAGGGCGCGGAGGAGGCGGCCGAGGGGCGGGCAGGUGUACCGCGCCGGCGGCGCAGGCGACGCGGCGCGGCUCAUCGACGUUGUCCGGAACGCCGCCGGCGCGGGCCAGGUAACGGCGCGGUCGGCGGAGCUGCUGGCGAUGACGCAGCAGCUCUGCCGGUUUCAGCAGUCGGCGCUCGUCGGCGGCCGAGCUCGAUGCGACGGUGGUGGCGGGCGAGGCGGGGCCGAGGCGGAGCAGGUAAGAGCCAUCAAGUCGCAGCAGAGGAGCGCCGCGCGGGAGCGGGGGGGCGAUCCAAGGAAUCAGGGCGGCGCGGCGGCGUCGGCGCCCGGGGCCGACCGAGGUGCGGCGCUACGCGGGGUGAUGGGCGGCUUCGGCGAGGACGACGUCGAGGUGACGGCAGCGGACGCCGACGCGGGGAUGCGUGUGCGGCUCGGCCCGUCGAGCUCGUUUGUCGCCGCCGGCAGGGAGCUAGCGGGCCGGCUAACGCUUAACGAGAAGCAGUCGAUCGCCCUCCUCAUCAUAUGCCGCCAGCUCGAUCAGGCCCGGCAGGGCGGCGACGCCGGCGACAGCGGCGACGCCGGCCAGCUCUGUCUAUUCGUCGGCGGCGAGGGCGGUACCGGCAAGUCGCGCGUCAUUGAGGCGCUCGUCGAGCUGUUCGCCCAGAGGACCUAUCGAGCCAGCUACUAA